UGACUCCCUCUCCCACUCUCACUCACUCACUCACGCAACACAUGGUACUCGCAGAAGCAACGUGUUCUCAACCCGACGGAUUCUCCCCCCAAAAAAUCCACUCUCCAGUUAACUCAUUUUCCUCAUUUUACCUCUCGGACUCGCCCCGAGGAAAAAAGGACACGAAGGCCAAGAAAGAGGGCAGAAAAGAAGAGUAAAAGAGGGGAAUUAAGGGGAAAUGAGUGAAGAGGGGGCGAGGAACGUCCCAGGGAAGAGGCCGCAGUUCGGAGCCAGAUUUCUGAAGGACAAAAAAAAUGUCUUUGAACAUAAUGCUUGGGACAAUGUUGUGUGGGACGACACACAGGAGGCAGCAGCACUGGCUAAAGUACAAGAAAACUCUGAGGUAACGCUAACUCCAGAAGAUAUCCAGAAGUUAGAAGAGGAGGCAGCACACCACUGGGACGCCUUCUAUGGCAUCCAUCAGAACAGGUUUUUCAAGGAUCGCCACUGGCUGUUUACUGAGUUUCCAGAGCUUGCACCACAUUUAGCCCAUACAUUCCCACGGAAGAUACAGCCAGGGGAGGAUAUGGACUCCAACGACAUUCCAGCCAGUGACAGUGAUGGUAAAGUGCCAGCCGAACCACAGUCAAACGAAGUGGACAAAAGCCAGUGCGAUGAUUGUCCUGAGAGUAGUACUAAUACCAAGAGGCAAAAUACACCUGAUUGUACAAACUCUCCCAAGGAUACACAUAAAGUUGAGGAUACAGAACAAAGUGAACUAAAUGAAGGUGAUGAGGCUAACUCCAAAAGCAGUGCAAGCGCAGAAGGCAGAGAAGACCCCAAAAAGAGUAAUGUGUUGCGACAGGAUGAGUCUUUCCCAGGCGAGAAGUCUAGUUAUCGGAUUCUGGAAGUGGGAUGCGGCGUCGGAAAUACAGUGUUCCCAAUCCUCAAAGUUAACAAUGAUCCCGAGCUUUUCGUGUACUGUUGUGAUUUUUCAAGCACAGCAGUGGACAUUGUGAAAGACUCCCCAGACUAUGACACAGACCGUUGCAGAGCAUUUGUUUGUGACAUCACGAGCGAAGACUGGGGUGCUCCCUUCCCCAAAAACAGCCUGGAUGUCAUUGUGUGCAUCUUUGUUCUGUCAGCCUUGAAUCCAGAGAAGUUUGAGCACACUGUGAGGAUGAUGGCUGACUACCUACGUCCAGGAGGCCUGAUCCUGUUCCGAGACUAUGGCCGUUAUGACUUGGCACAACUCCGUUUCAAGAAGGGGCGCUGCCUGUCUGAGAACUUUUACACCCGCGGAGAUGGUACUCGCUGUUACUUCUUUACACAAGAUGAUGUACGAAAGCUUAUGACAGACGCCGGCCUCGAGGAGGUACAGAAUUUGGUAGACAGACGUCUGCAAGUGAACAGAGGCAAGCAGCUGACAAUGUAUAGAGUGUGGGUUCAGACAAAGUAUAGAAAGCCAGCGGUACAAGAUACACAGCAGAUAUCCGUACAGUCAUGACCCACAUUUGGUUAAUAUAAAUAGCUCUUUAUAUGUGAUGUUGGUAUUAUUUGAUUGUUAUCUGUGUCAAUAUUUGAUACAAGCGGUAAUAGAGUGAAGAAAUUAAAUGGAAAUGUAAUGUAAUAGUGUGAGGGAAAGCGAUGAGAAUCUUAGAAAUAUUUCUCUGAUAAUGCUAUUUUGGGUUUAUGCGAGAAAGUCGGUUUACUCGACUGAUUAAGGAAAAAGAUCCAGUGGCCCUAUAUAUAUAUCCGUUACAUAUGAUGAUAUUGUAAAUUCAUUCGCACAUUUUUAUAAUUGUCUUUUUAAUAAUAUAAAUCAUAAAUGCAGGUCAGCAAGAAAAUGUAAGCUAUAGAAAGUUAAUAUGGAAAUAAAAUAAUGCAAUGAGCAGAAAAUGCAAAUUGUAAGAAUUAUCUUUGAAAAAUUUUUAAUUACCCUUUUGAUGGAAUUGCACAUUGUGUAGUCCCGCUUAAAGGCAUUUUUCAACCCUACCCAGGUGAUCUGUUGUCAUUUUUAUUCCCUUUUCUCAGUUCAAGUCAUAGGAACAAAUAGUCAUCUU